AUGGCAUCCUUUAUAUCCUGUCAUUCCCAACUCAGAAGUCCAGUAGUAGAAGUUAAUUCAACAAGUGAUCCUAACACUUUAUUUCGAGGCAAUUCUGUAGCUAGUAUUAUUGAUGAGUUUAUGAAAGUGGUAGGUCAAUCAUAUCUUCACCGCACUCUGCAGCCCUGUGUAGAUGAGAUAUUUGAAGUGAAAAGAUCAUGUGAAAUUGAUGAGGCUAAACUAUCAGAUGGAGAAAACCUUGAACUUAAUAUGGUAUUUACAUUAAUAUUACCUAAUGUCGCUCAGAAAGAAGAAGUUGGAUAUACUGCCAUAAGUGGGUUUAUUUUUCUGAGAUUCUUUGCACCAGCCAUUUUAAAUCCUAAACUUUUCAGUCUUCGUCCAGAAAAUCCAAUAUUUAGUGAAGAGAUCUCUAGCAAGAAAAAGAUUUCUGUGAAAAAAUUUAAGAAGAGAGGAUUGCAAGCUGUUGAAAGAGUUGAAGAAACAGCAUUUAACAUGAAAUUUAUGUUACAAGUAAUUCAGCCGGAGAGAGUCCUAUAUCUUCAAACCAAAAACAGUGUUGAUCAAUUAGAAUGGUAUAUUGCAUGGGAUUCACCCCAUAACCACACCUCCUAA